AAAGUGAAAACAAAACUGUUUAAUACAACGCAUAAUGAGGGACAUUUUAAUCAUACAGAACCUAAAAAUAAUUGUUGUUCGUCGGGAUGUAUUUAAUGAAUAAAGAUGUUGAAAUAUUUCACUUAUUUUAAACGUGGUGUCGAAACAGUCUCUCACAACACUUCAACUAAUAUACCUAUUGGUGCCAAAAAUGUCGACACAUGAACGAGACUACGCACACUGCGUCCAACGUUUGUUCCACUAUGGUCAAUAUGCUCUGACUUUCGGUCAGGGCAAAAAGCAUGGUAACCACAUUGUUAUGGAAAACGAUGCGAUAAAUCUAUAUACUUUGGAUGUUUUGGAUCCCUAGAGACAUGAAUAUAAUCUAAACAUUUGCAGCAUGCCCAGGAAGUUUUAGAAGAUACAUUGACACAUCCAUAUGAAAUAGGAGGACUUGAGCUCGAUGUUGACACAAAGAGGGCGAACAAUUGCUACUUCUUCUCUGAAGGAGAAUACAUUGAUGGGAAAAGGAACACAGAGGCAAGCUGGAGUCAUCUGGGAAGGAAAAGCUGGCAAAAGUGCUGAGAAGAAAUCGUUUACAAAGUCCCGUCAGGCAGUGCUCAAGCCUUUUGCAGGGAAAGUCUUCUAUCUCGACCUGCCGUCCAACAGAACAGCAGAGUCGUUGGAGAAAGAUAUAUUAGACCUCGGAGGGAGUGUUGAGAAGUUCUUCAGCAAAGACAUCAAAUAUCUCAUCUCCAACAAGAGGGAAACUAAAUAUGUGCAAUGCUUCAGGCAAGACUCUCCGCUCCCCAACCCGCAAUGUGGAGAGAGUUCACCUCACCCUUGCUCAAAUACACUCCAGCAGGACUGCAGUAGCGGCAACAUGAAGAUCAAGUUUCAGGGUCAACCAGAAACGUGCGUCACAAGUCGUGGGAAGUCUUUCGUGGAAAAGGCGCUGAAAAAAAAGGACAUUUUGCAGAUAAACAAGAUUUUGUCAAAAGCUGUGGAGUGGGGUGUGAAAAUCUUUUAUAUUGACGAUGUGUUGGUGUGUAUUGAGAAGAAGAAAAAGACCAUUGCAGGCCAGAGUCCAAUCCCUAACACAGCCAAAACAACUGUCAAAGACUCAUCCACAGCAAAGCUCACUUGUCGGAAAGCCAAAGGGGGGCAGAUUUGUAAACCUUUCAUCAAGGUUGAAGAUUCAAGCAGGCAUUACUGUCCGAUAUACCUCACCAUGACAAACGUGCCUGAGUUGAACCUAAAGACGCCUGCUCCUCAUAGUCCCUUCUUAGUUGAUGGUAAAUCCACUGGUGGUGACAAACAGCAAGGGAACAGUGUCCAAACCUCAGCUUGUGAAGGACAAGCCACUGCUCAGAAGGUGACCAAAGACAAGAAACAAAGCGGCUACUGUGAGUGCUGUUUGGCAAAAUAUGAAAACCUGAUGACACAUCUGCAAAGUGAUUGUCACCAGGCUUUCUCCAAGAGCGACGCUUAUCAAGUGCUGAACCAACUGGUUUCACCUCUACCGUGGAGAUUCAGCCAUUUCAGUACUUUUAUUAAAAGGCCAAAGUGCAGCGUUUCAUCUCUUCAACUCGACAUUGGACCAUGUGAAGGAAGUAAUCCCGGAGUCACCAAGAAUACUAAAAAGGAGCAGCAUCAACCUGCAGACUACCGCAAGGAAACUUUUUCUUUUAAAGUUACUUCAGGCCCUCAGUCUACUUUCUUGCGUCACAGGGAGGGCAGGACUUGUCCGACUGGCUCCCACAGGUCAAAGGUCAACCUUGAUGUGCAAGUACCUCACACAGACACACACGGUGAUCAGGGGCCACCCAACACAUCAUACUAUGGAAGCUCCCAGUGUUGUCACAAAUCAACAAGAGACUGACAGGAACCAGGAGCCACCCAGGAAAGCUGUAAAGGUUACAGAGCCAGAUGGAAAGUGUCUUUCUUCACCGAGCUUGCUCACCAUCCAAGACAGGCAUGAGGAAGGUCAGCGCUUAGAAACGCCAAAGAUGGACACUAUAAACGCUACAUGUCAAGAGCAUGCAACACAGAAUGUGAACAAACAUGCCACAUGUAGUAUAUGUAACACAAAACGACACUUGUGACAAAUCUCUAAAAAUGCUCUGCUAACUUUUUCACUUAGCGGCUAAAAUGGAUGUGGAAUUCUGAUAGAUUCGAUUACUUGAUUAGUUUGCAUGACACCAGUGAGUAAACUUGUAGGUAAUUUAAGAGUUCUCAUUUUUUCUGUAGAGGAAAGGUAGGCAACCUACAGCCCAAGCCACACCCAAACCUUAUUAUCACCUUACUUGUUGAAUCCCUUAAAUAGAUCCAGUCAGAGAAUGUGGGCUACAAGCUCUCAUAAACCAAUUGAACCCUCCGUACAGGGCACUUAACCACGCCUCCUGAAGUUACGUCACCCCACGUGUGGUAACCUCAGACAAACAAUUAUCAAAAAUGGCGUCGCAGGAAGAAAAGACGAGAGCGAAAUUGUCCGAUUUACUAGCUGAUUUCUCACUCGCAUUCUUAGCCAAUAGUGAAAUAUCGUUGAAGAGCAGACAGCAGGGCUUCAAGUAUUUCAGCGAGGGUUAUUUCAAUGGUAUUUCCAUGCAUAUCGACGGAGAAACCAUCGAUAUUACCGCGAGAUCUUUCCGGAGUCAGAGGAAGACCGAGAAGCCACAUAAUAUAAUAUAUUAUAACCCAAAGGCGAAUUCGUCAUUGACAGUUUCCUAUUUUCGUGUUACAUAUCACACUUGUGUGCAGAAUCUGUAUGUGUAUCUGUAUAGCCGUUUGUGAACCGCCGUAUGACGGAAAAGAAGGCGAGGCUUGAUUUACGAGUUGUUUCUCUCGUUUUCUUUGUGUAAUGUCACGCGCUCCCCUCAAUAAUUAUUCUGGAAUUAGUCCCGAACCUACGUAAGUCCCGACUGAGUAUGACAAUCACUACUUUAGUGUCCUCAAACAUCCUUCCUUCAGUCUUGGUGUCUCGGUGCACGUCGAAGGCUUUUAGGACUGCUAGCCCGGUUUAGCUUAGCUCACCGCCGAACUGAGACACGUUUGUGCAGUCAGAUCAUCGCAAAAUAUCGCUCAACACAGAUCAAGUGUGUCAAUCAUUCACACAUAGCUAUGUUAUGCAAGCGUAGAACUGCUAAUUCAUUUAUAUGAGACAUGUAUUGAAAAUUAAAUAUAGUGCUUACCUUCGUGCAAACAUAUCUGUUCCGAUUGAUUUUAGAUGGAUUCAGUUGAUCAUGCCGUCUUCCACAAAGUUUUAUCCAUCGAAGACAUUUUUCGUACUUGGUCUUCGGUUUUGGAAAGGGUACGAAUUGAACUCCACCAACAAGCCUUUCAGGAUACCUGUCGUCACUAUUACAAAGUCCGUGACUACACCUCUUAACCAUAUCUAUUGUUAAAGAACCCAAAUACGCGACAAAACGCUAACAAAAGCUAUAUUGGACCAUGCAGCGUUGUCUGAGGUAAUGGCGGACGCCAAAAGGGGGGUGGUUUAUGCAGAACCCUGGCCUCUGAUUGGUCAGCGACGCGGAUGAUGCAAUUUCUACGGAGGGGUCAAUUGAGGUGCUGAGUGUGACCUUAAACUGGUAGUUCAUGCAAAAAAAACCUCCAAUAUGGUGGAGUUGAAAGAAUUCUGCAAAGAAGAGUGGGACAAAAUUCCUCCAGAGCAAUGUGAAAGACUCCUCACAAUGCUUGAUUUCAGCUGUUACUGCCAAGGAAGGCACAGCCCGUUAUUAGGUUCAGGGGGCAAUUACUUUUUAAGAGAGGGUCAGAAAGGUUUGGAUUUUUUUUUGUGCCUUGAUAAAUUAAAUUGUCUUUUGAAAACUG